CUUUUUUGGUCUUACUUCGAACUUUUUUACACGUAGUUGGCUGGAGUUGUUGCCGUGGAAGUGAUCGGAGGACUGGAGAUUCCUUCCAUCUCGGUAGAGAAGCCUUUUUGAAUGAUGUUCUCUGCGUGGUAUACAGGGCAUUCGAUAAGAGACAAACUAUAACAGAAUCCAUUUAUAAGAUUGGACUUUGAAGUAGACUCAAACAUGAAGUUCUUGGAACACACUCCCUUGGACAGCAUUAAUGAUUUUCUAAAUCAUGUAAACCUUGGCGAGUGUACUGUUAGAGGAAAUCUUGAAGCGUACUCCUGCAAGCAUACUGGAACAGAUAGGAAGUUGUCUUUUAGUUUGGAAAAUGAGAUUCUUGAUUCUCUUGGGCAAUCUUCAGACAGUGACCGUUCCUCUCCGGGUGAAUUCCUGUCGAGUAGAUCCAGCCGAAAGACACUGAUUUACCUGGUUCUCACUCUGAGCCACAUCUAUCCAGAUUAUGACUUCAGUGCGGUGCGAGCUCACCAGUUUUUCAGUGAGGAAGGAUGGGACAGCUUCAUGCUGACAUUUGACACUUACAUGUUUGAAACAGCAAAGGAAUGGGCUGAGGCUAACGGGGGCAGCACUCUACUUGAAAGUUUAUAUAAAGCUUUGGAUGAGGUUGUUAGACUAUCAGAAUGUGAGAUUUACAGCUACAAUCCAGAUUCGGAUGGAGAACCUUUUCUAGAAAAAGGAGCGAUAUGGGCUUUCAAUUUCUUCUUUUAUAAUCGAAAGUUGAGGCGUGUUGUAAGUUUCCGUUGUUGUUGCUUAAGCAAUUUGGCGGCAGAUGGUUUUAUCACUGAUGAGUUGUCCGACAAGGAAAACACAGAAAUUUUCGAUGAGAUGGACAUGUGAUGGAUCUCUCCAUGGAGACUGUAAAAAGUGGCUUUAACACCUUGUGAACAACUGUUGUAUAUUUCUUAAGCUUCUUCACCAUUUGAAGAUGGUGUUGUACAAAGCAUGCUACUCAAACUCUGUUGCAGAACAGUUAAAUUGCUGUAGUUGUGGUAUUCUAUUAUGCAUCACAUGAUCUGAAUGUGAUUGCCAACAAUCUAAAACACAGGUUCUUUGUAAGUAAGUCCUUGUACU